GUUCCAUGACCUCGCGACUAAACCCUGGAGGCCAUUUCCGGUGUAGGGUUUAGAGAGGGGCCGAGGGGGGGAUUCGAGAAGCCGCCGCUUCGCAACCGCGAGCCUGAGGCGGCGGUCGCGCCUGGCGAGGCAUCUAUUCCGGAGUACCUGCGGUUGGUUUCCAGCGAGGAAUUGGGGUAAUGGCUUUCACUAGUAGGAUUGGAAAUGUGCUCAGGACAACUUCAGUGCCUUCUAGCUUGCCUCUUCUUCAGGCAGUAAGAUGCAUGUCCUCUUCAAAACUUUUUGUUGCAGGGCUUCCAUAUGCCAUAGAUGACACCACUCUGAGGAAUGAAUUUUCAAGAUAUGGGGAUUUACUUGAAGCCCGAAUCAUCACUGAUCGGGAAUCCGGCUGCUCAAGGGGAUUUGGAUUUGUAACUUAUACAUCCAGCGAAGAAGCCUCAGCUGCAAUUACUGCCUUGGAUGGCAAGGAACUUCAAGGACGUCUUGUAAAGGUGACCCAUGCCAAUGACCGUGCUGGUGGAAUACGCGGAGGUGGUGGUUAUGGUGGUGGAGGUGGAUAUGCUACUGGUGGGUAUGGCGCUGGCGGUGGAUCUAGUUCUGGUGGGUAUGGCACUGGUGGUGGAUCUAGUUCUGGGGUUUAUGGUGGUAACAGCAGUCCGUAUGCCGGCAACAGUGGAUAUGGUGAUGGAGCUGGUGGCGGCAGCGGCUAUGGUAGCAACUACAACAAUGCUUCUGGUGGUGGAUAUGCUGGAAAUGGUUACAGUGAUGGAGCUACCAGUGGCAACUUCAACAGUGCUUCUGGUGGUGGAUAUGGAGGUGGUGGAAGCUUCGGUACCGGUAGCAAUCCUGGUGGGAGCACUGGUGGAUACAGUUCUCCGAACACCUAUGGUGCAGGCAACUACAACAGUGGAGCUCCCGGUGGCCGAAGCUUUGGUGAAUAUGGUGGCAGUUUUGGUAAUGGAGGUUUCGGUUCUGCUGCUGGCAAUCCUGGUGGAAGCACUGGUAGAUACAGUUUUCCAAGCACCUAUGGUGCAGGCAAUUACAACAAUGGAGCUCCUGGUGGCGGAAGCUUUGGUGCAUAUGGUGGCGGUUAUGGUAAUGGAGGUUUUGGUUCUGCUGCUGGUUCCAACAAUGGCAACAACAACUUUGCUGGGAAUCCGACUAGUGGCAGCAACUUUGCUCGAAAUGCGACUAGUGGCAGCUACAGUGGCCACAGCGGGGCUGGAGGAUUUUCUGGUGGUGGGGCUACAGGCUAUGGGGCUAACAAGCUGCAGUACAAUGGCCAAGAUGACCUGCUGGGUGACGACUACUUUGACUCCAAGGAAGCGGCAGAGCAUAGAUAAGAAUGCUGCAUCCUUUCUUCUCUCGCACGUUGCUGCAUAUUUUUUUGUUUAUCCUAGCUUGAUCCGAUAAGCCAUGAUGAUAGAGGAAAUAAAAACUUUGUCUGAGCUUAGUAGGGUAUAGUAGAGCACACGCUGCUUUAGUUCUUCGCAUUCUGUUUCCAGACAAGUUAUGUGAUAUUUUUUCACAUUGGUUGGAGUUACAUGCUCUUUUGUGAAGAAAGCUGUGGUUAAAUCCUCUUUUGAGAAGAAAAAAAUGACAUUAUUCGAGGAGUUAA